AUGGCAUCAAUGGAUCAUAAUGCUCAAGAUGAAUUAGUUGAUUAUGAAGAUGAUGAGAAUAUAUUAGAUAGCAAAGAUGUUAAAGGGAAUUUAGGAAAUAAUAUUUUAAAUAAUAAUAAUAAGGGUGGAGCUAUGAGAGGUAGUUAUGCAACUGUGCAUACAGGAGGAUUUAAAGAUUUUUUUUUAAAACCUGAAUUAUUAAGAGCCAUAAGUGAAAGUGGUUUUGAGCAUCCAUCAGAGGUACAGCAAGAGACUAUUCCCGCAGCUAUUACAGGAACCGAUAUUCUUUGUCAGGCCAAGAGUGGUAUGGGAAAAACAGCCGUUUUUGUGCUAUCGAUAUUACAACAGCUAGAUACGAAUGAGAACCAAGAUAUGCAGGAUACAAAAGAAAUGAAUAAUGAGAACAACAAUAAUAAUGGAGACAAUAAGUUCGUUAGGUGUCUUGGAUUAGCACAUACUAGAGAAUUGGCUUAUCAGAUAAAGAAUGAAUUUGAUAGAUUUAGUAAAUAUUUGAAAAAUGUAAGAUGUGAAGUUGUAUAUGGUGGUAUAUCAAUGAAUAAGCAUAUAAAAUUAUUUAAAGAAGAUAAUAUUCCACAUAUAAUAAUAGGAACACCAGGAAGAAUAUUAGCUUUGAUAAGAGAGAAAUAUUUAAUUACAGAUAAAAUUCAACAUUUUGUAUUAGAUGAAUGUGAUAAAUGUUUAGAAAAAUUAGAUAUGAGAAGUGAUGUUCAGAAAAUUUUUAUUUCAACACCUUUAAAAAAACAAGUUAUGUUUUUUUCAGCUACUAUGGCUAAAGAAAUGAGAGAUGUGUGUAAAAAGUUUUUACAAAAUCCUGUAGAAAUUUUUAUUGAUGAUGAAGCUAAAUUAAAAUUACACGGAUUAUUACAACAUUAUGUUAAAUUACAAGAAAAGGAUAAAACAAGAAAACUUAUAGAAAUAUUAGAUGCAUUAGAAUUCAAUCAAGUUAUUAUCUUUGUUAAAUCAGUUACUAGAGCUAUCACACUAGAUAAAUUAUUAACUGAAUGUAAUUUCCCAUCCAUAGCUAUCCAUGGAGGUCUUGAACAACAAGAAAGAAUUGAAAGAUAUGAUAAAUUCAAAAAAUUUGAAAACAGAAUCCUAGUUUCAACUGAUUUAUUCGGAAGAGGUAUCGAUAUUGAAAGAGUUAAUAUUGUUAUCAAUUAUGAUAUGCCAGAAAAUUCAGACUCCUAUUUACAUAGAGUAGGACGUGCAGGAAGAUUUGGAACCAAAGGGCUAGCCGUUACUUUUGUUUCUUCACAAGAAGAUACUUUGGCAUUGAAUGAAGUACAAACAAGAUUUGAAGUUGCCAUCUCAGAAAUGCCAAAUAAAAUUGAUUGUAAUGAGUACAUCAAUCAGUAA